CAAUAAUAAGAUGGUUCUUUGUUCACUUAUUUCUGCACUGACGGACAAAAAGUUUGAGAAAACAAGUUUCCGAUGGCUUUCAAGGAUUUAAGAAAUUGCCGUUAGAAAGAGCAAAAUGGCUGAUGGGAUUGAUGAGGAUGCUGUUGUGCCACAUAAUACAACCCCAGAGGGUCGUGGGAAUGAUGAGAGUGAUGUGGUAACAUUCAACAUGCCCCCUGAAGUAGAAUUGAAACCCUCUCAGGUUGAUAACACUAGACUAGGAGCUUGGUGCAAAUACUCAAUACCAAUUGGCUGUAGGUUUGGUCCUUUUGUUGGAGAGAAGGUGAAGACAUUACCAAGCAAUGUGGACACCCAGUAUGCAUGGGAGAUCCUAGACAAAAGGAAUAGAACUGUACUAUAUUACCUCAACGCCAGCAAUGCCAAGAAUGCAAAUUGGAUGCGACAUGUCAACUGUGCACGCUACUACGAGGAACAAAACCUUGUUUCGAUACAAGAGGGGAAGCAGAUAUUCUAUAAAGUUAUAAAGAAUAUUAACCCAAAUGAGGAGCUGUUGACAUGGUAUGAGAAAACAAACAUCAAGGGUGCUUCAGUAUCUGCUGAGAAACCUGACGAUGUAGAGAAUGAUGUUUCAAUAGCAGACAAUUCCAUAGAAGUAGGGGAGACCUUAGAUAAUAACACAGUUGAUUCUGAUGAUACUAUAGUUGACAACCCUCCACCAACCACACUGAUUGACAACAAACCAGAGUUGCCUAAGCCAAGAAAACGAAGGAAAAAGGUUAAGCGGUUAACACUGAAGAACAAACGUAAAAGACAAAUAGACAAGAAUAAUGUUGACAGUAAUACUACUGAUAAAUACUCAGAUGUUAAAGACAAUGGAAAUGUAAGGAAAAGAGUACGAAAGAAAAGAGGAAAAUUAUUACGAUUAAAAAAUCUAAACAUUGAAUCCAAAGUGGCAGCUAAACCAUUACAUGACUCCGGACCUAAUAGAAGACUGACUCGCCUGCAGGUUUUGUCCAAGAAGAAAAAAGGAAAAGUUGACUUACAGCCUAAACACUUAAAAAGCAAAACAUUAGACAUGAUCUCAAGGGACAAAACGGCUCAGCAGAAUGAUGAUGGAUUCUAUACCUUUCAGUUGCUAAGACAACAUAUAAUUAGAGAUCGAAAAGGUAAACCUGCAUAUAAAUGCAACAUUUGUCAGUUGGUAUACAGCUAUAUUCACAGUCUGAAACGUCACUUCAUACGCAACCACAUAAACUAUAAAUAUGUCAGUAGCAAUGACAGGAUUCAAUGUAAUCUGAAUAUAGAACUAUUAAAGAGUAUGGGUAGAAAUCUUGAAACAGGCACACCUCUGAAGAAGCAUACUCCAAGCCAGAAGGAUACCACCAAAAUCAACUCUGAAACUACAAAGAUCUCAAGUAAAACGAAGCCAAAUGCAGUAGAAGAAAGUGCAAGCAAGCCCCGGAGUAGAGGGGACCAACGAGGAAGUGCCAGUCUACCUGACCUAUACUGGUGCAAUAUGUGCAAUAAACUUUUCCAUACUCUUGACAAACUCAAGACUCAUUCAGCAGUACACCCGUCCAUGACCCUCCACCCAUGUCAUAAGUGUGGCCUCAAGUUUCAGAGACAGAAGAACCUCUUCAAACAUCACCUUGCAGUGCACACUGGUGAAGCAGAAGAAAUGGAAGUCACUCCUCCUCCAAGGAAUACCUCUGUGUCCAAUGCCUCCACCCCCAGGACUGGCACCCCAACAAUAACAAGGACAGGCACACCCACAAUCUCAAGGACAUCAACACCCACAAACCAAACCAUUAAGAAUGGUUCGACUAAAUCUGGUAACUCUUCAGCUAAAUCAAGCAAGAGAUAUAGUGCUACCUCUGCAUUGUUAGACAAUAUGGAUGUUUAUGGUGAGGAUGAAGCCGACAGCUUUAACUGUUAUAAUUGUGGGCGAUCCUUCCCUAACCAUAGCCUCAUGAAUAAGCAUGUCAUAAAAGGCAAGUGUAAAAAUGCUUCAUAUACUAGUUCAGGAUCUCAUAGUAGCAAUUCAGGUUUUAUGUUUGCAUGUACCGUUUGUAAAAACAGGUUUCAAAGCUAUGCUAUUAUGUGUCGACACAGGCGCAAUGAGCACCAAGUAGCUCCCAAUGUAAUAAGUGAUGUUGAUGUACUUGACUCUGAUUCUAAUAGUGCUGUACCCGCAUCUUUCAACAAUGAACGUUUAGAUCUAGAUCAGAAUACUGCUUACUUUGCCAGCAUACCUAGGGGUGUUGCAGAGAAUGUUAGGUAUUUCAUUGAUGGUAAUCAACAAGCUUUGAACCAACGUGAAAUCUGGUUUAGAGAGGAUGUACUAGCCAUUGAGCAUAAAGACAAUCAGUCGGAUGAUGUGAACAGUAUUAAUUGGGAAGGUUAUAAUUUAUUGAAUGAGUUCACACCUGCUCAGAUCUAUGAUGCAUUUACAAAUAUGGAGAUAUCUGUUGGGAACUGUGCUCCCACACCCAGUGCAUUCACUGGGCAUGAUUACAAUACACUGGCUGAGUCUGCUCAGUUUACAUGUGCAGUAUGCGGAUGGGUGUUUCAGAGGAACAAUGAUUUCUGUCUACAUAUGGAAGUUCAACAUGGCCUUGUAGCUCAGGAACAAGUUAUUGAUCAAAUAAAAGAACAGGAAAUUGCAAGCAAUGAUAUUCAAAAUGCAAACUUUGAAUCUGAUGUUGUUCAGAGUAAAUUCAGAGAAACUUGCGAUCAUGAAUCUGAAAUAGAACAAAGUAUUCAAAACAAUGCUGAAGAGAAAAAAUGUAAAACUGAGAGACAAGUUACACACCCUGAGAAAGCUACAACCAGAUCAAGGUCAUUGGAUAAAAUAGAAGGAAGAAAACUUUCUGAUGAUUCAACGAAAACACGAUCGAGAUCACUGGAAAAGCCUGAAUUGAUGUCAAGGCACCAAAGUAAGUUCAAGGCUGAAACAACAGUGAGUAAAUCUGAGGAAAUUUAUGUUUCAGUGAGAUCAAGAUCUAAAGAAAAAUCUUCACCGUCUAAAGGAAAAGAAGAAAAAUCUGACAUAAAAAGUGAGACAAGACCUGAAUCUGUAGAUAAUCUUGACUUGGGGUUGCAGGAAAUGCCAAAAACUAGAUCUCAAUCUUUACAAAAUAAACACAGGGCUUCUUCUGUUGAAAAAUCCACACGAGCAAGAUCACUUGAGAAAGAAUAUGAUGCUAGUAGAAGGACCUCAAAGCUUAGAAAAUCCAAAUCUUCAGAAAAUCUAACUGAUGUUUUCACAUUAGAGGAUAAGGAAAUUAAUUCUAGAUCAUUAGGGGGUACACCAACAAUGGAAUUAGCUUAUGAUAAAUCCAAACGUUUGACCAGGGCUAUGAAAAGGCUACGAGAAGACAUAGUGGCUACUAAAGAAAAACAUGAAAUACCAAAGACUCGUUCAGCUGCCAGACGCAUGUUUAACCAUGAAGAGAGAAAGAGUUUUGAAGGCUUAUUGAAAGAAAGGGAUGUUAAACCAGUAAAAGAGCCUGAAAAGACAAAUGAAUGUGACGGUGAUCGAUGUGAUAAGAUAUGCAUGGAAACAAGUGUUUCAAAGUUUGUCUGUCUUGUCUGCAGAAAAGACUUUUAUGAUGUCACAUGUAUUAAAACACAUAAUUGGCUGGUCCACCCAAGGCUACACUGUACAUUUAUGGAACUUGAGAAGAACCAGUGGGAUGUCCCCUUCUACCAACCUAAUGCUCCUAAACAUGGAGGAGAUAUUGAUAUAGCAAAGGAAAGCACGGAAUCAGAAAUAUCAUUUAAAUCUCCUAAGCAAGCAUUUGUAUGUACCAAGUGUGAACAUAUGUCAGAAUCAAUGGACCAGUUUCAUGUGCACAUAUUACAAUGUGCAGGGGACAGCACAACCAUUGCAGCCCCAAUACCUCAAGAAUAUGAAGCAGUCGGAAAAACCAAAGGGAAACGUCAUGGCAGUGCUAAGAAAAUAAAGCGUCAAGAAUAUAAAAGAGGAAAAUAUAAGUUGAAUAGAUUAGAUGCUGAUGAUGAGGAGGAUGAACCUUUACUUGAAACUGUCACACCACCAAAGGCAACAAAACCAUCUAGUACACAGAACAAGCAAAUGAGUGAUGAGAACAAGGAAAAUAAAGGUAGUGCUCAAAGUCUUGAUAAAAAGCAGGAAUGGGUUGCGGCAGAUAUGCCAAUCUGCUGGGUAUGUGGAAAAAUUUUUGCUGGAAAAAAGCAAUUCCGAAGACACAAAACUCAAGCAAAGCGAUGUUUUGAAACGAGAAAGAAGUCAAAAAUACAGAAUCAUAACCCUGUUAGAACAAAGAAAGGAGGGGCAAUAUUAUACCAAUGCGGAUUUUGCCAAAGAGAAUUUGCCUAUGAGGGAUAUUUUCUGAACCAUAUUAAAGUAUUCUGUUCCAAAAGAAAGGAACUGCUAGCCAAUAGCAAAAGGCAUGCUGAAGAGUUUAGGAAAAUGAAUGAAAAUACCCCAAAAUUAGUAUCGAAAAAAGAAGUUCCAUCCCCAAUUCAAAGGAAAGCUAAACCCAAAAACAGAAAUCACAAAUGGAGUUCAUGGUACAGAAAGAAACAAGCAAGAGAUGUAAAAGAAAAGGAACUUGAGAAAGAAAAGGAUAUUAAGAUUGCUAAAGAUCAAGAAACUGUUAAUAAAGUUGAAGUGAGUCCAAGUAAUUCUGAUGAUAUAAGUCUUGCAGCUGUUGCUAGAAAAACAAGACAACACAACAGAAUGGACAAUAUUUCAAAAAUAAGAGAAAAUUUGAUGCGUCAGUCAAAGCGAUUAUCAGGAUUAGCUGCAAAGAGACUUCGAGAUAAAUCAUAUGAUGAUGUGAUUAAAAUGGUAAGUGAGGGUCAACUUGCUAAAGAACCAUUUGCGGUUAAAUCAACUGAAACACAUGCUCCAAAGACAAGGGCUAUGGUGAAGACUCGGUCUCCAAGUAGGACUAAUAAGCUUGUGGAGGAAAUUCCUGUCACGCAUUUAAAGAAGAGAAGGUCUGACAAACCUAGAAAAGUUUCUCACGUUAAGAAAAAUGUGAUUGCUCAAACUGUUCUCAGGAGAGUAAAAAGACGCCGCAGAACUGCACUUACCUUAGAAGGUCAUAGAAGGAAGAGAGAAAAAAUGAAGAAAAAGGAGGUUCCUAAUAGAAGCAGUGUCAUUACAGAUAUCAUAGAUGAAGUGGCUAGUGGUAAAAUUAAAAUUAGCCCCACCACCCAGUAUAUGAAGAAACUUAUAGAUGACAAUGAACAGACAAGUAGACUUAAGUCAGAUGAUAUCACAAUUGAACAAGAUCAGACUCGUACAGAUAUACCUCAAGACCAAGCAAAAAUACCUCUAAAAUCUACGCCAAGUAAACGAAAGUCAAAAAUGAAAGCAGCCUUAAUGAAGAAGAAAAUUGGAAAAAUGAAAAAGAGUCUCAAGACAAAGAAAAUAACCCAGAUGUUCCAAUCAAAAAAAUCACUGAGGGACAGAAAACAGAGAAAGGUUCCAGAGGAGUGUAUCCCAACUCUUAUUCCAGAUGGCAUGCAUAAGUUGCGUCCAAGGAGAAAGCUUCACACGCCAGACAAACCACCCAUUUUACAACCAGCUUUGAAAGAUAUGCAACAUCUAAAGCAAACCAAUGUAGAGAUACAAGAAAUGACAGAACCUUCAAAUGAAUUAAUAGUGCAAAAACCUGAGGAAAGGAUAAAUAGACUGACCAAUGAUAAAAUCCACCUGGAAGUUGGUGACAUUGAUACGAUCAAGCCCACCUCAGAAACUCAUAUUAAGGAAGAAGUUGAAGCCUCUAAAAUUCCAUUGGCAACUAUUGGAGCUGUUAAAGAAAUAACGUUGUCUGAAAGUAAAUCAGUAAAUGAAUUUGAAAAGGAUUUUAAGGAUCAGGUAUUAGUUUCUAAAAUGAAACCACCAGAACUAAAAGUGAGAAGUGUUGUUGAAAAUGUGAAAUGCUUGCCAAACACAGGGAUCAUUCCUGAUGGUGAGCAGAUGCUUACAGAGUUACCUAAAUAUCCUGAGAAAAAAACAGUAACUCAAGUCGCUGUCACUGGUUCAACAACUCCCAAGAAAGAUGUGUGGACAAUAUCUAUCAAAACCAAAACCAGGCCUAAUAGAAGAUACAGGCCUAAAUCAACUGCAAAAACAAAAGUGGAUUCUGUGGAGGAAAAAGGAAACAAAGACUCCAAGACUGAUGAUGGGACCAGCGAUAGUACAAAUAUUGCACCUCAAAUCUGUAGUAAUCAAGAUGAGUAUACAAAUAUAGGAGAAAAUAACACUCAAUCUACUGAGAAUGAUUCUCUAGCUAUACCAGACUUAUAUCCAGACACACUAACAUCAAAGAAAAAGUCAGGUACAAUACGUCUGGCAAGAAGAAGAGCAGUUGAUAGUAUUACUGCUGGUCUGCUUGGUGAAUCUCUUGAUGAUGACAUAGAUGCUCCUAUUGUUUUUCCCAUAAAGCGAAAGAGCAGGAAUAAUGGUUCUAAAGUUACAAAAUCUGUGGAAACCAAACAAAAUAAAAUGCUCAAAGGAACUGUUUCUGAUGAAGAAGCUAAAUCUAGAGAGAAACAUUGCCCACCGACUAAACAUGAAAAUGAAAUGUUUGAAAAAACUAUGCUGCCAGAAGGUGAACUUGUGAAUAAAGUAGAAACUAAAUCUGAUGGGAUCAACAAGAAGAAUUUAAGUUCAAAUAAAUUCCAAAAAUUGAAUGCUGAUAUACUAAAAAAUAAAAAACAACAUGAUCAUCACAAUAAGUUCUCCAAGUUAACAGAGUUACAUAUUGAUGUACAUCAGUCGGGGGAUCAUAAUGAGUUUCAUGGUAGCAUGAUAAAGCAAAAUGACAGAAUAAGGUCUCCUAUAAUUUCACCCUCUAAAAGGUACAUUACAAUUAAUUCAACAGAUAAGAUUAGUCCUGAGGAACAUGAGCCAGGCCCAAAGUAUGUUUACACCAAGAAAACAACCAAAGUGAGUGCACCCAACACUCCAGAUUUGUUUGAGGACUCUGAUCCAUACAGCUUCUCAGAAAAGCAAAGUGACAUAGAAAAGUCACCUGUUAUAUCACCUUCUAGACGAUAUCAUACCUUAAAUUCAACAGGAAAGGUUAGUCCUAAGGAAAAUGAGUCAGGACCAAAAUGUAUGUACACCAAGAAAAUGACCAAAGUGAGUGAGCCAAACACUUCAGAAUUAAUGGCAGACUCCAAUCCAUACAGCUUCUCAGAAAAGCAAAACGACAGAGAAAAGUCACCUGUUAUUUCACCUUCUAGACGAUAUCAUACCAUUAAUUCAACAGGAAAUUUUAGUCCUAAGGAAAAUGAGUCAGGACCAAAAUGUAUGUACACCAGGAAAAUGACCAAAGUGAGUGAGCCAAACACUUCAAAAUUGGUAGAAGACUCUGACCCAUUUAGCUUCUCAGAAACAGAAGGUAGAGGAUGUUCUCCUCUUGGGAAAUAUAGACAUCUGGAGCAUCUGAAAAUGAAUGACAAGGAAAGGAGAAACAUGGCAACUGUUAUCAAAGAAAGUUUGUCUAAAUUUGACAAGAAUAAAUCACAUAAGAAGGUUGAAUGCCCAUCUAAGGAAGGCACCAAAUGUGUACCAUCCAAUGUAAAAGACACUUCCAAUCAAGAUGUCACCAAACAGCCACCUAUAAAUGAACAUAAAUUAGUGCAUUCAGCAUCUAUUAGCAAUGUAAGUGAUACAGAAGCUAAUUCAAACAAACAGCCACCUAUACAAGAGCAUAGAAUAGCACAUACAACUGUACUUAAUGUUGUUACUGACACAGAUACGAAAACAAACACAAGUUAUAAUGCCAAAAGUGGUGAAUCCUCAUCAACACAGUUAUCACCAAUUGUAUUGUAUCAUAAGGAGAUGCUUCAAAAGAGAAUACGUCAUGACUUAAAGAGACAUAACAUAAGGAGACAAAGUGUUCCACCGAGUGUGGGUAAUAAAGCUGAAUCAGCAUGGAGGGAGCCUUGUACUAAAAAACCUAGUCUCAAUUCAAGUGAGAAACAAUCCAGAGUAGAAUCUCCUUCACCCCCUGUUUCUGUACCAUGGAAACAAGUGCUCAAUUAUGAAACAGGUAAACUAGAAGAUGAAAUAUCAGCAUCUGAUAGUCCAACAAUUACAUUGAAUGAAAAGACUGGACUUCUAAAUGUUGAAACAUCUUCUCUACCUGCACAAGCAAUACCAUCGAAAACUGUUACCAAACCAUCAGAUGCUGUAGUACAACCAAGUGAUCUUGUAUACAUGUACCAAGCUCCAAAAGUGUCUCCCAGGGAAUGCUCCAUUUCAUCUACUGGUAGAGUUCGGACCAAAGCCGAGAGAAAACAGAUGCACUGGCUGUUACAAAACCAAGAUAAUGCUCAGCUCCAACAAAUAUCAGAUGUAAAUACAAAUGAAAUACCUCAGGUUGUUGCUUUAAAUGAUGAUGUUGAUAUAGACCCAGCCUUUGAUGAUACCAAAACAAGGGUCGCCAAUUCACAUGAUGACACAAGAGGGAGGAAGCACAAAAGAAAACAUAACACAAAAGCAAAACAGGUGACUAAGCAUUCUAAAAUGGAUAAAUGUCAUUCUGCAGCAUCGGAAAUACCUACACAUGGCAAUAAAACAGACAAUGGCAGUGCUGAAGAAGAAACUGUUGGCGUUCCAGUGGAUUUGAAAGAUGACAAUAUUAAGAAGGAUGAAGAGUCACUGGUGAGCCCAGCUUUAUCGGUAGAAAACAACUGGGAGACUACACAUCUUCAAAUGCUCACUAGGCAUGAAAUCAUGUGGCUGAAUAAUCAAUUAGACAGUAAAGAAAAACCUGAAGAAAGAAAAAAGGCUGAUGGUAUCAAUUUGAAUAGAAAAAAGGCUCCUGCAAAGGUUGAAAAGACUGUGAAAAGACAAACUAGUUUGAAGAAAACAAAGCAAAGCAAGCAGAAAAUUACAAAGAUGUUUAAACAAAAGAAACCAAAAAAUAGAAGUAUUCAUGAUAAAACUGAAAAGUCAACCAAAACCUUUGACAUAAUUGAGGAAAAUGUGAAUCGUAUAAAUGCAGCUAAGAAAGAUGGUGCUUCUGAUCCAAUAAAGGCUGCAAUAGAAUCUGGAGUUGAGUCAUACAAUAAAGAUCAUGUAAAAGAAAAAAGAAAGCCAAGGAUAAUGUAUGCAGAUUCAGACGAUGAGGCACCAGUUUAUAGAAAUAUAUUUGAGAUCACUACUGUUGAAGGGAAAAGAAGAAGAUCUAAGCCCAACACUGCUAUAGCUGAAGAUAACAAACUUGCAAGACGCUUGGAACGCAAUAUGUGGAAAAUGAUCAAUGACACAGACAGUGAUGGAGAUCGGAAAUCUAAAAAGAGAAUGAAGAAAGUAACUAAGAAUAAGAGAGUUGAAAGUAUAAACAGUUUAAAUUUAGCUUCAAGUGAAGGAGAGGAGUUUGGUACAAAAAUGGAUAAAAAGCAUAGUGCUAGUGAAAGUCAUGGAGUUGAUGAGAGUCAUGGAAAAUGUACUUGUACUUGUGAAGAUUCUUCUGUAGUGUUAGAUACUACUGACAAAGACAUGGAUUCAGUGUCUAUAUCCUCAGGGGAAACUAUCAUAAAUACUGAUUUAGUUCAGACAUCAUUAUAAAUCUAGCUGAUCCAAAUGUGUGCUUUAACAACUUUAACAUGAGUGUUUAUAUUUUGUUCUUUGCAUGCUUGUACAUGUACAUUAUAAAAAUAUUCUGUGUUGUGACCAUAUGCAAGCAAUUGACUAUGAUACUGUAUAUAAUUUACAUACAUAGUUCCAUCUUGAUAGCAUUAGUAUUUCCUCCUAAAUGGAAUUUGUUUUGGUCAAAAAGAGAACUUUUCCAUUAAAUCAAUUUGCCAUAUAUUUUGAUUAUGAUAUUGAUGUGCAGCUUAGGACUGAAGUAUGUCUAUAGCCAUAAUGCUUCAAGUCUGUAGGCCUAGGCAACUGAAUGAGAGACAGUCUGCUUAUUUUAAUCAUUUAUCAAUAAAGAUUUGUAUGUGUAAUGUGUGUUGUAACUUAGCCUAUUGUAGAUUGGUAGAAUAAUUCUGUUUGCUUUGGAUAGAUCACUUUUUACAUGUAUUAAGAGUUUUGUUUUCAAUUCUUAGUUAAGUAGUAACUAGUAAAAGGACAGAUUCCUUUCAUUUCAUUAAUUCUUAAAGGUAGACAGAAUGUUAACGCAACAAACAAAAAAGGUUUAAAUUAUAUGUCAUCAUUUAUUAUCCACUUUGUUUAUUUUAGACAAAAAUAUUUAAUUAUAUGAGUAUUUAUAAAAUGAUAACAUUUGUAAAAUAAAUUAAUCUAAUAACAGAAUAACAGUACAAUGUAAUAUAGUAAAAGUUAUCUGUCAACCAUUCUAAAUAAACAAACGUAAAUUAAUCCUGUCUUUUAAAACAGGAUAAUAUUAAUAGUGUAAUUGCCAUCAAAAUGUUGUUGUACAGUAAAAUGAAAAAAUGAAAUGGGAUAAUGAUAUAAGUUAAACAGGCUAACAUUUCUAACAUACAGCUAAAAUGAAAAUGACUCUAUGAUCCAUUUUCAUGUGACAUUUACCAUGGGCAUGAUUUUCAGGCUGUAUGUAUUGUUUUGUUCUUCAAUUGUUACCCUAGUAAUUCCCCAUUAUGCCAAGCUCAUAAUUGUAAAUUGAAAUGCAAAGCAAAAAUGUAAUCCAAACUAUAUUUUUAUCAUUUGUGUUAUCAUUAAACCUGGUACUGUAAAUCUAUUUAAAUAUUGUGGAUUUUGUAAAUACUUGUAUGGAUAGUAAAUAUUCUUAGAACACAUUAAGUAGCCUACUUGUAGUUGUGUUUAGAUUGACAACAUGUAAUUACUAAUUAUAAUCACUAAACAUGAGUGGAUAAUCAUUAUCAUUUGUCUUUUAUUGUAGUAAAUAUUAUUUUCAACUUGGGAG